AUGUCUACCAAACAAGAGAAACGAGUCUCCUUCAGCGACGCUGAAUCUGAAGAACAAUCGUGUGGCUCUGAUUCGCAGCCAGGAUGUGGUGUGCUGGGCAGAUACCCUGUACUUUCUGUCCUCGCCUUUGCAGCUGCUGGAAUUGGGCUUGGACUUGGACUAAGCUAUUGGGAGCCGGAAGAUCCCCAGGACAAGGACACAGCCAUCAAGUGGGUUGGAUUGAUUGGGGACAUGUUCAUCAGAGCACUCAAGGCAGUAGUCCUGCCUCUAGUGUUUGUGAAUGUUGUUCUUUCUGUUCUGGACAUGAUGGCUGCAGGCCGCGCAUCUGCUGUCGGGUGGAAGACCAUCGGACUCUACAUGUUGACGACGCUUUGCGCAAGCAUUCUUGGCUUGAUUUCCAUUCUGAGCUUCAAGGGUCUAUUUGAAGAAGGUGAACCCGAAGGGGCCUCUCAAUCCAGGGUUCAACUAGCCUGUAGUACCGAGGACGGCAGCUACCUGUCCCAUGCUGCUGAUGGCUCAGUCGCGUGCUCUGCAAACCAUACUGAUGGUAUGAGCAACUAUUUCAUCAUCACAGAUGUUGACAACACUUUUGAGACAACCUCUUCUGGACCACAAGAUGACAUCAGCAUGAGUGACACGAUCUAUGAUGGUGUUUUCACCAAGCUUGUAACAAGCAACAUCUUUGCCUCUUUUGUGGAAGCCAACUUCGCAGCUGUGGUUAUCUUUGCCAUCGUGUUUGGAGCAGCCUUGGCCCGGGUCCUCCAAAAGAAGCAUAUCUCUGAGUCUGAGUCUGUUUUUGUCAAGUUCUUGAAGGAAGUGGAUGAUGUCCUUUUGACAUUGAUCAAUUGGGUCAUCAUGGUCACACCCUUUGCAGUGCUUUCACUCAUUGCCAAUGCCAUCGGUGCACAAGACAACCUCAAAGAAUCCUUUGAGAAUGUUGGAUAUUUGGUUGCAGCAACAAGUGUUGCCAUGAUUGGUCAAGUGUUUUUGGUUUAUGUGGGCCUCUUCGCUGCUUUUACCCGUAGCAAUCCCUUCAACUAUCUCAAGCAUCUCCUUCCAGCCCAAACCACUGCCUUUGCCUGCUCCAGCAGUGCUGCAACGAUCCCCGUGACAUUGCAAUCUGUCAAGGACACAGGCAAGGUCCCUGAUUCAGUUGCAAAGUUUGUGAUUCCAAUGGGCGCCACAAUCAACAUGGACGGCUCAGCCAUCUACUUCCCUUGUGCCUGUGUCUGGCUUGCCAUCUUGAAUGGAAUCACUCCUCAAUUCGGCGAUUACGUCUUGCUCUGUGUGCUUGCCACAAUUGGAAGUGCAGGUACUGCUCCAGUCCCUUCUGCUAGCUUGGUACUCAUCAUCACAGCCUACAACACUGUCUUUGGUACAACGGGUACCCCUGAUGGAUUCUCCUUCAUCUUGGCCAUUGAUUGGUUCAUGGAUCGUUGCCGCACAGUCACAAACGUCACAGGAGAUGCUGUUGUGGCUGGUCUGGUGGCCCAUGGCAUUGCCAACGCUGAAGAUGAUGACUCGUCUUUCAACGGCAAGAAUAUUACUGACCAUGAAGACACCUCCAACUCCCCAUGCGUCUUGCCCGCCUACGUCGAAGAGAGCCACAUUGUCGACAUUUAA